CUUAAAUAGGGAAGUCUCCUGCUUGUGUGUGGUGGCUGUUGCUACAAGAGACUUGGGACAGAGGACUGCUGUCUGCUCUCUCCGGCCACCCUCCUAGCCUAAGGAUCUGUGACCCCAGCAUGAGGACCCUCGCCCUCCUCGCUGCCCUUGUCCUGGUGACCCUCCAGGCCCAGGCUGGGCCCCUGCAAGAGAGAGAAGAGGAGAUCCCAGCCCUGGAGCUGCCUGGGGCACAGGACCCUGACGUGUCCAUUUCCAUCACAUGGGGGGAAAACGCCCUUCCUCAAGCUCCAGUGAGGAGCAUGCGCUGCCCUUGCAGACCAUUCUGCUUGCGUGGGGAAUAUCUCAGAGAGGCCUGUCCCUUCCCUAUUGGUACCUUCUUCCGCUGCUGCCGCCUCCGCUGAUUGUGGAGAAUAGUGGAAAAGGGGCUCACACUUUGCUUGGAGAGCUAAAGGACAUUGCUGUCACUCCUCUACCUUGUCCUCAAUGGUAUUUUCCCCAUCCCAAAUAAAGUCCUUGUUGCAAGA